UGUCGCAGCUACUUAACUGAGCUAUUGGCAAAGGAUGGGUUUCUGGUGAUAUCAGUGCCGUACAAUGUGACGUUUGAUCAUGUCCAAGCUUCCCGGCAAGUGUAUGAGAGGUUCAAUGGCUGCUUGGACAACAUCUGAGCUUCUGGACUGCCCAAUUCCAAUCCAUCAGCUGCCCAACUUGCUCAACUGCCCGUGUUUUCGGUUGGCCAUAGCAAUGGUGCCCUUCUUCAAGUACUUGCCGGGAGCUAUUUCUCUGAUAAAGUCCCUAAGGCCAAUGCUAUAAUAGCUUACAAAAAUAGACCGGCAACAGAGGCCGUGCCUUACUUUGAGCAGGAACCUAAGUGGCAAGCAGGUUACGUUUACACUCCAGCAGAUGCUAUUGCUCAGAGUCUUAAGACGCUUUCUCUAAAUGACGUUAGAUUCCUUUCGAGAACUAUAAGCGACUGGUUCAGAGGCUUUGAAGAUUGAGCUGCCAUGGCUUCAGUGAAUUCUUGUUGUUAGUUAGAGUCCCUUGGUUGGAGAAAAUUCAUGUAAAGUUUAUGCUACUUUUGAAUACAAUAGUUGGGCCACCAAGAGAGAAGUGUCUCAUCUUUUAUUGGCGUUGGCCUGGUAAUGUUACAACAGUUAUUGAAUGUUACAACAAAUGUCACACUUAUCGCAUUUUUUAUUACAUUUGUACUUUUUCUGUAAUACAGGACGGUACAAACAUGGUAUAUAAAACGGAAUUGGAUCCUCUUCGAGGCAACCCCUUGGGAUCCUCCUGACCGGUGUUAGUGGGCCGUUGGAUAAAAAUUCAACAGUUACAAACAAGACAGUUCUUUAAAAGUUAUAAUAAUUGUAGCCGAAAAAUCAUAAAAUACUAAGCAGAUUGCAAUCCCACCCAAAUAGAGCAGCAUUGUGAUAGUUCAUACAGGAAAAAAAAACGCAGGAAUAGUAAAAUUAAGAGCGAGCAAAGGAGAAAGGCAGAGAAUUUGGACCUUGGGGAGGUCGA